AAAAAAAAUUGGAAAUUGGUGAGAAAAAGAAGAGAAUCCUAGUCCUAGAGAAAGGGCAGGAGCGAGUGAGUGAAUAAUAAGCUAAGAAAAGAAAAGAAGCAAACGAGAGGAGAGGAGGCCUGUCUUUCUCUUUCUAUAGCCGAGGAGGCCUCAGACUCAGACUGACAUUACAUACAGAUAUAGUUACUACAACAAGAAGCAAAUCAAUCAAAUUGAAGAAGAAGAAGAAGGGGGUGGAAUGGCGGCUGAGAAGAACAACCAGAUUGUGGGCCAAUCCAAAUACGACUUGGACGCUAAGUGGGAUGCGUGUCUCGAUCUGACGGUUCGCCGCUUCGUCUACUCAUCCUUCGCCGGCACCUUCGGUGGCCUCCUUUUCUUCAGGAGUCCUGUUUCUCGUUGGGCAUCUGUAGCUUUUGGUGCUGGGGUGGGUAUUGGAUCUGCAUACACAGAGUGUUCUCGUUUAUUUGAUGGAUCUCCUGCAAAGUUGGCAGCUCCUAAGAUUACAGAGACUCCUGCUCCUCAGGAUGGCCAGGACUAAGAAUGGACUCUUGACGUUACAAUCAAGUUGGCUGGCGAGCAGAAUCAUAAUUUUAUUGAAGUUGUUGGUGUUUUCUUUCACCGGAGAGGCUUUUAAAUAUGUAGUACAAACAUUGUUUUGAAUGGAUAAGCGACUAACCUGUUGUACGUCGAAUUCUAUUGUUUCUUGUUCUGCAGUCUUAUUUCCUUUAAUGGAAGUUUACUUUUGGGGAAAAAAAUGAAGAAAUAAAUUGCUUUAAUGUAAA